UGCAGAGGCACCCAUAGUAGUGAACAGGGGCGGACUGACCAUUUGGAAACUCGGGCACUGCCCGAGGGCCCGGGGUCAGUAGGGGGCCCCAUGAGAUGCCCCUGGUACCUUUUUCAUAGGCUUUUUUGAGUUUUGGGCAAGGACACAGGGGCCCCAUGAUCCCCUAUUGUCCGGGGGCCCCAUGAGUUGUCAGUCCGCCCCUGGUAGUGAAUAAGGCUCUGACCUACUUAUACAUGCCAUCCCACAUUGCUUCACUCCUCUCCAUCCCUAAACCUGUACAGGCUCUUGUUGACUGGUG